AUGGUAAAAGAUAAAUAUUAUCGAAAUGCCGAACGAUAUAUGAUCGAAUAUAAAAUGCGAACACCUUAUCCUAUACCUACAGAAAUCAAUCAAUCAAACUACAUUAAGCAACAUACUCGUUCUACGCGACCACAUCCUGCCCAUGAACGAAGCCAUGCAAAACAUAAUUCAGGAGAAGGAUUUUAUAGUUCUGAAGGACAUAUUGAUAAAAGUCAACGAACGAAAAAACCUGUUCAACAACAGAAUCAAAGUCAAACAAAUAAUCAGGGAACAGCACCAACAUCGCUAGCAACAGCAAACAGAAGUUCCUGUUGUACGAUUUUAUAA